AAAUAUGGAACUGAAGAAUUUGAUAUUCUACAAUACAAACAUAAUAUAAUACAAAUAUCAUUUCAGAGAUCCGUGUAUACCAGGAGUACUUGAUAUUUACGAUAAUUCGAGGAAGUCACUGAAGGCAGCAUAGGUUCAUCUGAGUCACAGUUAGCUUUUGACACUGACAGUGAGCAUUUGGACACCCUGAGCCACAAGUGGGUGACAUUUCGUACUUUUCCUCGCCUCUGCAGUAGUUUUAAGAUAAGAACUUCCAGCUCCGCGGCUUUCGGUACUGAUGAAGCCUUUUAAACAUGAAGAGACCCCCAAGGCGGUCUCAGUGACGCUGAGCUCACCGCUCUGAUACACUGUUAAAUUAUCGAGCUGGUGCUGGAUUACACUGCACGUCAACGUCAACGUUGGAUACGUAAAGGCCCCGAGCCAUGCCUCGGUCCACAGUUGAGCUGUGAAUCCGCCAUAACGUGACAUCGAGGCAGGGACAAGGAGGCGAAGUCCCUGUAGCAUUCACAGCCGGGUUUACCUCUUGUGUGAAGGCUUCCUUGGAGCUGGGUUAAUAUCGCCACACAUGCCACCCCCAUCCAGCGCUCCUCUUGCUUACAACGCUGUUCAACGUGUCUCUUCCUCCAGGCCUGUGUUACAGACAUGAAUCCACCAUCUCGACAGGACUAUGUAUCUAUAAGCUUUGCUGGACAAGGAAGUGGAGUGUACAAUAACAGUAAGCAAUGGAGGAGGCAGUCCUGCUGGAGGAAAUGGAAACAGCUGUCCAGGCUGCAACGAAGCCUCAUCCUCUUCAUCCUCGUCCUUCUAUUUAUUUGUGGAAUUGCGUCUUAUCCUUCAAUUACUGAACACCUCAGCGGCCUUACAGAAGAGGAGCAAAAUACAGAGAGUAACAUCGACUUGAGGCCCAUCAUCCCACAUGUGCUGCCUGAGCCUGUGAAUCAGGCCAGACCACCACUGCCCGAACAAACCUCACAGAGGAAGUUACCCAAUAAGAGAGGACCUCCUUUCCUUCAGAAUCGUCUUCAGAAGAAAGAAAAUGUUUCAAAUACGGUGGUUGAGGACAAAGCAGCUGACAAAAAGAAAGAAGGGGAGGAGGAGGGGGUCAUCAACUGGCGAGGGGCGGUGAUCGACACUGACCAGGCCACAGAAGGCGUGAAGGAUGAGGAAAACAAUGAAGAUUCACUUCCCAACCAAAAAGCCAAACCAUCUAAAGAGUCUGCAAUUAACUGGCUGGAGGCGGUGCGGGAAGCUUUCAGACAUGCAUGGAAGGGUUAUAAAGACUUUGCUUGGGGCCAUGAUGAGCUCAGGCCCCUCUCCAAGUCCUACAGCGAGUGGUUUGGCCUAGGUUUGACGCUCAUCGAUGCCUUGGAUACAAUGUGGAUCAUGGGGCUUAAAGAAGAAUUUGAAGAAGCUAAGGCGUGGGUUGCUACGGAGCUCACAUUCAACAAGAAUGUAGAUGUCAACCUGUUUGAAAGCACCAUCCGCAUCCUGGGAGGCCUGCUGAGUACCUACCAUCUGACUGGAGACACCCUGUUUCUAGACAAAGCUAAAGACAUCGGCUCUAGGCUGAUGCCAGCCUUCAACACCCCAUCAAAGAUCCCCUACUCUGAUGUGAACAUCGGGAAAGGCACUGCCCACCCACCUCGCUGGACCUCAGACAGCACUGUGGCAGAGGUUACAAGCAUCCAGCUGGAGUUCAGAGAGCUCGCCCGCCUCACCCAGGAACCACAGUACCAGGUUGCUGUGGCAGAGGUUAUGAAACAGGUCCACAAACUGGACGGGAAGCUUGAUGGUCUUGUACCCAUGUUCAUCAACACAAACAAUGGACAGUUCACCCAUCAAGGUAUCUACACACUGGGAGCCAGAGCAGACAGCUACUAUGAAUACCUGCUGAAGCAGUGGAUCCAGGGAGGCAAGAAGGAGAACCAGCUCUUGGAGGACUAUCUGCAGGCAAUAGAGGGUGUAAAGAAGAACCUGUUGCAGAAGUCUUCACCUAAUGGCCUCACCUUUGUUGGAGAGCUCUCACAUGGACAGUUUAGCCCUAAAAUGGACCAUCUAGUGUGUUUCCUGCCGGGCACUCUGGCCCUCGGUGCUCACAACGGCCUGCCUGCUGAUCACAUGGAUCUGGCCAAACAGCUGAUGGAGACCUGCUACCAGAUGUAUGUCCAGAUGGAGACUGGCCUCAGUCCAGAGAUUGUCCACUUCAACAUGCAUCAAGGAAGCACCAGAGACAUCGAUGUAAAGCUUGCUGACCGACACAACCUCCUGCGACCAGAGACGGUGGAGAGUCUCUUCUACCUGUACCGGUUUACCAAGGAGCACAAAUACCAGGAGUGGGGCUAUGAGAUUCUCCAAAACUUCAACAAGUACACUAAAGUUUCCUCUGGUGGCUACACCUCCAUCAAUAAUGUGCGGGACCCGGACUACCCGAGCCCGCGAGACAAGAUGGAGAGCUUCUUCCUGGGAGAGACCCUGAAGUAUCUGUACCUGCUCUUCUCAGAUGACUCCAACCUCAUCAGCCUGGACCAGUAUGUCUUCAACACAGAAGCUCAUCCACUGCCUAUAUGGCCUUCUACUGCGUGAUACACACACCAAUACACACAGGAAUUCAUAAGGCAGACAGAAUUGCAUGUAUAAAAACAACAAACAUCUCAGGGUUGGUUUAAUACCAAGAUAAUUCCUUCAUCUCGUGUUUCAGUGAGCUAAUGUUGUCCAAACAACAAUCCUGAACACAGACCACAGAUGGAAAAAGCCUACUUUUUACUGUUGAAAUCAAUUGUUUGCUAUGUGCUGAUAGCCAUGGGAAAAUGACAAGAGCUUAGUUCAGUUCACAGCUGAGCUUUAUUUAUUUAUUUGACUGGUCAUUUGAAAGAGUACUUGCUGGCGAAGCAGAAGGUUUCUGUUCUCAUCCCCACCCAGCAUUAGAGAAAAACCUGAUUGUGACUUGAAUCAAAGAUGUCUUAAUAACGCAUAAUGUGGAUGAAGAGGAGUGUCUUGGUGGACUGAUACUAGUGUUUGAAAGCUGAUACUGAUAUUUUCAGUUUAAAUGCGUCUAGCGUAUAUUUGGUUACAGUUCUGCACAUUCUAUUUCUAACAUAAAUGACUAUUUUUGUGUCAGAAAGAAAAAACCCUCACAAACUUUGAAGACUUACUCUUUCACCCCUGCACUGUAUUCUUAUUACAGUGGAAAGGUUUGUGCCACAGUAUGUAGCCCAUUAUGAAACAAAGCCUGUGUCUGCUCUGGGCGUCUGACCUCACUGCUGGGAGUGGCAGCAGGCUGGUUGCCUUUGUAGCAAAACGUUCCGUGACAGCAGCCAACAGCUGUUUAAACUGAAACCAACUCCUGCCUACUGCACCUACAUCCUGAUUGCUGUGCUGACACGUCUGAAUAUGGGUGUGACUCUUGCAGGGAUAUAAGAUAAAGCUAAUUCCUCAUCACACUGUGUAAUAUAUUAAUUAUGUGCUCUAGCUAGAGCUAUUUUGAGAAGCCCUCCCUCUUGUGACUGUAAACAGGAAAUAAUACUGGGGGCUCCUGACAGGACAUGACUGUGCUCUCAGUCCAUGUAUUUGCUGUCUUAUGCUUGCGUUCAUGUCACACAGGAAAUGUGACUUUACUACUUGAAAACCCCACGUCAGGUCACAGCUUGGAGUGUUCACACUGUAACAUGAUUAAUGAGUGAAACCAGGCAGUCGUGCCAGUAUAUGUGUUGGGUGAUAUUUGAGAUGGCUGGAUCAUAAUUGACUGUGAAGGUAUAGAAUAUGAACAGAGUUUAAGGGUUAAAAUAUACUUCAUGAAAGGUUCUUUAUAAAGUGCUACCCAGUAUUUUAAUGUUGUAGCUGGUGGAGCUGGUGCCCAUUUAAACUACUGAAAAUAAUGAUGCGCAGUUUUUGUAACACCAUAUUACAUUUCACAAGCUGAUCAUUCUGAAUGUUUUGCAUGUCAAAGUAACUAUAACUCCAACUGAGAGAGAAAUGCAAAGAAUAAGUAGAAAAAGUAGAGGUAAGAAACAUCAUAGAACAGCAUACAAUUUAAAAUAACAAAUUACCAUAAAAUUGUUUGUUGAGUCAUGUACUCAGAUUUUCUACUUUUUCUAGCUGUGACUGUUUUUUGUUGGUAGCACUGCAAAUCAAGAAGCAGAACUAAUUUAUGUCCCUUUGAGAUUUUUGCAUUAAUAUAAGACAUUCCUGUUCAUAUAGAUAUAUCAAUUUAAUGUGACCUACACUGUGAUUUAGUCCAUGUUGCCCUCUGUUAUACAUAAUUUCUGCUUCACUUUUGCCUAUCUUGUUUCACUGCUUGAUUCAAAGCAUAAAAAUGCGUAACUAAAUCUUUAUCUAAUAGUAGUCUGGGGGGCCGUUAAUGAAAGCAAACCCUGAAUCUGGAAUCAACGUCCUCAUUUUACACUCACUGGGCUGAGGUGUUAACACAGUGUGGUGGUGACCUGGUUGGUCAUGUUGCCAACAGUGUGAACAUUUGACAAAUGGCUUGGUGAUAAACUCUGAUCUGUGAGGAAUGAUACGUGACUGAUAAACUCAUACAGUCCCACACAAUACUAAAGUCUGGUAUGUAUGGCUGGCUGAGAACUAAUUGAAAUGCAACUGUUUUUUCCAACUUUUCCUGUUUAUUCCUGUGUGACAUGAAUGCCGCAUUCAUCCAUACUCUGGACCCAGAUGACAGUGGACUCAUUCCAGUUGUUGCCAAGCAGCAGAUUAUUAACUGUGAAGUUUUAUGAGAACGUUAAUGGAUUCUUCUUUUUUGUUGUGGUGAGCAGCUGCUCGUUUCACAGAAUGUUCAUUUCCUUCUUCCUCUGUAGGGUGUCGUGUACAUCUGUUUUUUUUUGUUUGUUUGUUUUUUCCCCAAGUGAGAGCCUGGAGUUGUCAGAUCGUAAAUCUAAAUUUCACAUGAUAUAUUGAUUUGUAGUGUAUUUUUUAAAGGAAAACCGACAGUUAUCCUGGUAAAGUGAGUUCACCUUGUGUUAAGUUUUUGUAGUAGUAGCAGCUUCAGAGCAGUUUGCAGCCAUUCCUAUGAAUAUUUCAAGUUUACAUCAUAGCUCUACGUUUAGUUGUUGAUUUUAAGGAUUUGUAUUGAGACCAAACUCCUGUAUAUUCACUUUUAUUUUUGUCCUUGGUGUUGUCUCACGUGUGCCUUUAAUGUUGCUUCAGACAGCGUUCAAAUGACAGACGUUAACUGUCCAUUUCUAGCUCUUUUUACAUGUGCAUAUGUUGCUGAUUUGCUGCAGCAUACGGUCAUUGUGAUAACUGCAGAUAUGUCUAUUUUUACCAUAGGACAGUGAUAUAAUUGAUAUAUUUGCAGCAGUCCCUCAAAACAAUCAUUAACCCUUUCAUGCAACGUGUCCACUACAGUGGACAGAUAUUUGAAAGCCAUUUUUAACCAUUUAAGUUGGAGUAUGAUGUCCUAAUCAAGCCUCGCCGGCAGUACCUUUUAAGUAUUAUCUCUCUUUGUUUCUCUUGGAUAUAAGGCAUCAUAUAUUUGAAGAGCUGAGGGAAGACAAUAUGAACCAAGUCCCUCUGGAAUAACUGAUGAAUCCAGAGUAAAAUACUCAGUUGUAUUAACAAGUAGGCAGGUUUUGUAGCAUCUCCAGACCCAGUAGCGUGAGGAAACGCAUAUCAACAAGGGCAGACCAGGGCUCUCCAUCCUGUGCAUCAUCAGCAGGGUUUCUGUGCAGUGUAGAGUUUCCACAGUCAUCAGAAUUAGCUUUAUUGGCCAAGUGUGUGGUGGUUUACAUUACACAUAAAUAGACAUGGUUAGACACAAGGAUGACAAGACCUUCCAGUUGUUCCACUGCUACCUGGAGAUAGUGACGAGGGAAACAAUGCUUCUUCCUGUUUAGUUGUGCAGUGACGCACCUCCUUUGCCUUGUAAUUUGUCCUUAGAUUUUACUGGAGAAAUAGAGCAUAGUGAAAGCAGGAUUUGUAGGGAUUUAUAAGCAAAUAGCUGCCAGUUUAAUUCAUCUAUUUGAGUUUAAAUAGUCACAUCAUUUAAAAUAAUCUUCAGAUUUUAACUAAAUAUUGAUUCACUAGGCAGAUACCCUUUGGAGCAUAACAUCCACUGGAGUGGAAAGAUGUAUUUUCAACAUUAUUAUGCAUUUAACAUCUGUUAAGUUUAAAAAUGAACAGAUUUAAGAGUUAUUUCAGAAUGUAUUUUUUUGUAUCAUUGGUGCAUAGCGUGUGCUGCAGUGGACAUUUGUGUGAUUCCUUCAAAAUCAAAUUUGUGGAAAACAAAUCUAUUGCCAUGAUUUCAGAGAAUAAACAAACAUUAAAUAUUUUAGUUUGUGCUUUAAAAAUUGAUGCAUGAAAGGGUUAUAAAGGUUUCAACUGCUAAUCUCAAGCAAAGUUUGAUUUUAAAUCCUGCCUAUAAGGGCUCUGUGUGAUUCCUCCCUGGAUAUAUUUCAGCAUAAUGCCUGAGCCAAAGAUGUCCUGGAAAUCUAAUCAGCCCUGGUGUUUGAAUUUGUUUAGGGUAUGUUCAAUGAAAAGCCAUUUUCUCCAAAACCACCCUUUUCAGGAAAAUUAACAAGGGAGAUAUUUUAAGUGCUUUUGAUAACAAUUUCAUAAGUGUGAUGAUGCAUAUAUUUGGUAUUCUAGCUGCAGCUACCAAUCAGACUGCUUUAAAAGGAAGUUUGCACACAGAGAUGCACUCAGCUGUGAAGAUACAGAAACAGAGAAUUAAUUUCUUUGUUGUCAUGACUUUUGCCGUGACACCGCCACAAUUGAUAUAAAAGUGUUCAAACUUCAUUUAGACCUCAUUCAUUGCAGGAAAAAUCCAGCCCGAUGCAGGUUUUACAUCUCUUCACAUAUCUGAACAGUUAAACUCUGGACUCCGCAGCAGGAGGCCCCAUUAAAUAUCUAUUCACUGGGCCCCCAAGGAAUUAUGGGUACUAAAUUAGUUGUUUUUUUUCCAGGGCUAUAGAAGUGAACAUACAUUGCUAUUAUGUAGAAUAGGCUGGGUCAGUCGAUCUUGGAUCAAUGUUGUGUCUUAUGUUAAAACAGACUUUUGGGAAAGUACAUUUGCAGAUACUGUCACAGGGACACAUGAACUCUGGUUGUAGACCCACAUAUCCACGUUCUGUUGUAAAAUGAUUGUAAAUAGAAGAUUGCUGUACAAAGUUUAAUAAUGAUCUCUUUAAUUUCUUCAAUUUACAGAAAUGGCGCAUUUGUUUAUUUUUUCACAUUUUCCUUUGUCAAACACAAAAUGCUUUGUUGAUGUCACCUGGUGUAUAAUAAACGCUGGAUCAACUUUAAUUUUGAAAAGAAAUAGAGAAAUUAAAGAGAUUUUUUUUUUUAACC